AUGUCGUCAGUCUCCUUCGUCAAAGAAAACACUGAGAAGCCACGUGAAGCAAGAGACAGUUCGCGAACAGUCGGAACCACGCUCGACAAUGUCCGCAUCAACCAGCUGAGCCCGACCGCUACCGAGUGGUUACUCAAGGUUCUGCAAACUCUCGAUUCCAAGGAUAUCGACGGCUAUGUCCAAUCCAUGGCCGAGGAUGUCGAAGUCAUCUUCAACAACGGCGACGUGACUAUGCGGGGACGCAACGAUGUCCGGAACGGCCUUGCGCAGUUUUGGCAGAGCUUUGGUACCCUGGAGCACGACGAGCUAAACAUCUACGGCACUGAUCAGAACUUCGUACACGAAGCGCUCAAUCGAUACACGACAUUGGAUGGGAGAGCAGUCACGAUUCGAGCUGUUGCGUGGAUUGAUCGCAAUGAUCGGGGUGAGAUCACCUCGCUGCGGGUGUAUAACGAUCAAAGCCCGCUGUUCAAGUGA